CCUCCAUCACCUCCAGCCUCCUCUUUACGCACCGACUCCCGAGAAUGCGCGCAGGUACGGGGAAGCCAGCCGCCUCGCUCAGCCGCUAACCUCCCUGUUUAAGGACUAAUAUGAAAGAAGUGGAUUUAGAGGUCUGACAGAGCCCAGAGAGGAGGCACAUACACACAUAUAUAGAUUUUUCCUCUUCUUCUUCUUCUGCUUCCCACCCCCUUCCCUGUGGAUCAUUCUUGUUUUCCCAUCACCAGAGCGUAAAGCAUGGAUGUCUUGGCGAACCACAGUAUCUUUCAGGAACUUCAGCUCGUGCACGACACCGGCUACUUCUCGGCCAUGCCUUCGCUGGAGGAGAACUGGCAGCAGACCUGCCUGGAAUUGGAGCGCUAUCUGCAGACAGAGCCCAAGCGUUUGUCGGAGCUCUUUGACCAAGACUUGGAUGGCCUCCUAACUCCAGCCUACAUGAAGGAGGAUGGAGAGGAGGAGCUGUCAGACACCCUGCUCCCCAGCCUGCCGAGGCUCCCAGAACCACCGAGCCCACCUCCGGUGAUCCUUUGCCCUACUCGAAAGAACUUCCCUUCCCCUGGCGCUGUGAGGAGAGACCUCAAAGCCAAAGGACAAGGGGUGGAAAAUAUAGAGGGCAUGGAAGGGGUCCACCAGGCUCAGCUGAGUGCCGUCACCUCCCUGACACCUCCGUCAUCACCAGAACUCGGCCGACACCUCGUCAAACCCAACCAGACGCUGACGGCCUCGGCUGAUGGGACACUCACCUUGAAGCUGGUAGCCAGGAAGGUGGGGCUCAGCGCAGCCCGGUUGGUGGCGGGGCACACGCUUCCUGUCCAGGUGAAAGAUGAAGAUGAGGGGGCUGCAUGUGUGAUCGGGGUUGGAGAGCUACCAGAAAACAAGAAGAGGAUUCACCGCUGCCAAUUCAAUGGCUGCAGAAAGGUGUACACCAAGAGCUCCCACCUAAAGGCCCAUCAGAGGACACAUACAGGUGAGAAGCCAUACAAGUGCUCGUGGGAGGGCUGCGAGUGGCGAUUCGCCCGGAGCGACGAGCUGACGAGGCACUACCGCAAACACACCGGCGCCAAGCCUUUUAAGUGCAACCACUGUGACAGGUGUUUCUCGCGGUCGGAUCACUUGGCGCUACACAUGAAGAGGCACAUCUGAGAAAUUCGGGAGAGGUCAGCGGGAGAGUGGAUGAAAGAGAGAGGAAAAGGAUGGAGGCAGAGUGGAAGAAAGAGAGGGAACGUCUGCAGAAAAAUAACACCUUGGAUUUCAGAGAGAGACGGCAGGACAGAUUGAAAAAAAAAAAGAAAACACAAGAUCUGGUCUUUCUCGACUGGAGAAAUGGAAACCACACAGGGACUACAGACAGAAAUACAGGCAGACAGACAAACUGAUCCUAAGUGGCUCUGUCAAUCUGUGCACGACCAGUUGGUCCAUGAUUCCACGGUGACACAUCUUCACCUCACAACC